UUUCUCUUAACCUACAGAGGCAUCCAGAUGGCGGGUAUUGUUCAUCGGUACCAUAGGAGAAGGCACCCUGCUAGGGUGUACGCUGAGCGUGCCAAACCACUUGAGCAAUACACUUCAGAUGAACUGUAUGCACGUUUUCGCUUUGGGAGAGAUGACAUCAAGUACAUUUCAGACCUGAUUAGACCAACACUCCAACACAAAACCCGAAGGAGUCAUGCUUUGUCCGUGGAGGAACAGUGCUUAAUUGCACUGCGCUUUUACGCAUGUGGGACUUUCUACCAAGUAAUAGGAGACUAUAUGGGAGUGGACAAAUCCACUGUGAGUAAUGUGGUGAAGGUUGUGUCCAUGGCACUGGGCAGUCUGAUCAAUCAAUUAGUUUCCUUUCCCAAGGUUGACCAGAUUGCUCAGACUAAGCACAAUUUUCACAUGGGGAACAUGCCUAACACGAUUGGAGUUAUCGAUUGUACACAUGUGCAUAUCCAAGCACCUCGUGAGAGGGAGUGGGAGUAUGUAAAUCGGAAGGGGAGGCACAGCAUCAACGUACAACUUGUGGGCAACGCCGACCUCAUCAUCACCAACUGUGUUGUGAAAUGGCCAGGGUCUGUCCAUGAUGCACGCAUUCUAAGACAGAGUGCACUAUACAGAGAGCUCCAAACAAACCGGCCAAAUGGCAUUAUAUUGGGAGACAGCGCUUACCCACUUCUACCAUGGCUAAUGACCCCUUUUCCGGUUGCAAAUACACCUGAGCAAGCACGCUUCAACAUUGCACAUUGCAAAACAAGAUGUGCCAUUGAGCGCUUAAAUGGAGUGCUGAAGAGAAGGUUUGCCUGUCUUAACUACCUGCGAGUAGAACCUAAGGUGGCAUGCAACAUAAUUCUGGCCUGUAUUGUUCUGCAUAACAUCGCCACCAGGCGUCAUGUCCCUUGCGAUGCCAGUGACGCUCAUGAUGGACCUGAGCCUGAUGUAGACCCAGAACAGCCACGAAUGGUCCUACCUAGUGAGGGACACACUGGACAUGCUAUAAGAGAGGGAAUGGUCAUCGUCUCGGACAGAGGCCCCCAGUUUUCCUCCCGUGUAUGGCAAGCCAUCUGCCGACUCAUAGGGGCCACUGCCAGCCUGUCCUCUGGGUUCCAUCCGCAGUCCAAUGGCCAGACAGAGAGGCCCCCUCCUCUUCCCCGGAUGGUUGAUGGUGGACCAGUCUACACGGUGAAUCGGCUGCUGGACUCCCGUCGGGUCCAGAGGUCGGUCCAGUACUUGGUGGAUUGGGAAGGCUACGGCCCUGAAGAACUUUCAUGGGUCCCUUCUCUGAAUAUUGUCGACAAGACCCUGAUCAGAGACUUUCACCAACAGCAUACUGAUCGUCCUGGGAACGCCAGGAGGCGUUCCUAG